CCAGGAUUCUCAUAAGUCUAAAACAAGGAUAAGUUUCCAACUAGAAUAAUGUCAAAAUUAGUGGAAUGUGUUCCCAAUUUUUCCGAAGGAAACAAUAAAAAGGUGAUAGAUGAGAUUGGCAAGGCCAUCUCUCAAACAAAGGGUUGUCUCCUGCUGGAUGUGGAUGCAGGCCCUUCCACUAAUCGGACUGUUUACACCUUUGUCGGAAGUCCAGAGGAUGUUGUUGUGGGUGCACUGAAUGCAGCUAAAAUUGCUUUUCAGCUUAUUGACAUGGCAAAACAUAAAGGUGAGCAUCCCCGAAUGGGAGCGCUGGAUGUUUGCCCAUUCAUUCCUGUGAGGAAUGUUACCAUGGAAGAGUGUAUUUGUUCUGCUAAUCUCUUUGGAAAAUGCUUAGCAGAUGAACUGCAUGUGCCUGUGUACCUAUACGGUGAAGCAGCUCUGAAUGAGAGCAGAAGAUCUUUGCCUGCUAUUCGAGCAGGGGAAUAUGAAACCCUGCCUGAAAAACUAAAAAAGGCAGAAUGGACUCCUGAUUUUGGUCCUGCAACCUUUGUUCCAAGAUGGGGAGCCACUGUAACUGGAGCAAGAAAAUUCCUCAUUGCAUACAACAUCAACUUGCUGUGCACAAAGGAACUGGCACAUCGGAUAGCACUUAACAUUCGGGAGCAGGGCCGUAGUAAGAACCAGCCUGGGCGGUUGAAACAGGUGCAAGGCAUGGGAUGGUAUUUGGAUGAGGAAAACAUUGCUCAAGUCUCUACAAAUCUGUUGGAUUUUGAAACCACUCCUCUUCAUGUGGUCUAUGAAGAAGUUUGCAAGGAUGCCAAGGCUCUCAGUCUGCCAGUGGUAGGAUCUCAGCUAGUGGGACUGAUUCCUAAAAAGGCCAUGUUAGAUGCGGCAGAAUUUUAUAUCAAGAAAGAAAAUGUCUUCAUCCUUGAGGAGGAACAUAAAAUUAGACUGGUAAUUAAUCGAUUGGGCUUGGAUUCUUUGUCUCCAUUCAGUCCUAAGGAGCGCAUAAUUGAGGACAUGGUGGAGGACGACAAAGAAAAAGGCUGUCUAGUGUCUUUGUCUCUUCACACCUUUGUGCAGAAAGUUGGUGCAAGAUCAGCUGCUCCUGGAGGAGGAUCAGUAUCAGCAGCAAUAUCAUCUCUGGGAGCAGCACUUGGUUGCAUGGUGGGAUUAAUGACAUAUGGAAAACGUCAAUUUGAGGACCUGGACCCAGUUAUGAGGCAACUCAUACCCCCGUUUCAUCAGGCCAUGAAUCAACUAAUUGCUAUAGUAGAUAGGGACUCCUUGGCAUUCAGCAGCUACAUGGAUGCUAUGAAACUUCCUAAGCAGACCUCUGAGGAGAAAGAGAGGCGUACAGCAGCCAUGCAGCUAGGCCUGAAGAAUGCUGUUGAUGUCCCUUUCUCUUUGGCAGAAAAAGUUAACUCUUUAUGGCCUUUUUUGAAAGAAAUGGCACAGCAUGGAAACAUAGCCUGCAAAUCAGAUAUUCAGGUGGCAGCUAAAGCUUUAGAAGCAAGUGUGUUUGGAGCCUAUUUCAAUGUCAUCACCAACUUGAAAGAUAUAACAGAUGAAGAUUUCACACAACAGAUGCACAGGAAUAUUUCAUACUUCUUGGAGGAAGCCCAAAAGAAUACAACAGUUAUCCUAGAUCAUCUGGACAAGCGGGCAACAUGAAAUAUUGUAUCUACAACCAAUUGGUUAAACAUAAAAUUCUUAUCUAUAAUACUGUUCAGCUACAUUCAGACAGAUUUAACACUUUUGAGAAAAAGAAAAAAAUAUAUAACUUACUUUCUAUCCUAUACGUGCAUGAAUUUUGUUACAAAUCCAGUUUUCUGGUGUGACUAAAAGGGAUCUCUUUUUGCUGCCUGUUAUCCUAUCUUAAUAAUCAUGAUAGCAAUAUGAAGCAAUGUUCAAAGUCUUCUGUAGAAAGCAUUAAAUCUACAAAAUACGAGCUAUGUAGCAUAUUGUUUUAGCCAAUAUGCCAAGAUUGUUAAAUUAAGUAAAGUUACCGAUAGGAAAAUACCGAGCCCACCAGCACAUUAUUUCAUUAUUUGAAUGACGAGUGUAUCUUGAGUGGAAUUUUGUAAAGUGGAAAUAAAUCAUGUUGUCCUCAAUAAAUUCUGGCUAUGAGGAGGGUUUUUUGUGUGCAUCAAUGCUUAGAUAUAUAUACUGCUGUGACAUUAUGAUUAUGGAAAGAUGUACUGCAUUUAUUCUUAUACUGAUUACCAGGUCUCGUCAUGAUACUUUCUCUUUUAUAAGUAUAUUCUUUCGUAAUUCUAUAAAGAAUUGCUUGUGCAGUAAUAUUUCAGCUGACUAAUGUUACCUGACGUUAUUUGGAGGGCUUUGUUUUUCAAAGUAGGAAUGGACAGUCUUUAUACAUAGACAGAACCUAGACAGAACAAGUCCCAUGGAGAGCCUGCAGGAAAAGACUCUUCGCGAGCCAGUAUGAGACUUCCAUCUCCAGUGGGAGAAAAGAGGGCAGGGACUGGUUCUGAGGACAUUCACAGUGUCAGUUUUUCUGUCAUGGACAUACACUGUGGUGAUCAAGUGUUUGUAAUCAAACAAUUUUUUUUCAUUACUCAA